UGAAAUGUCGCGUGAUUGUCGUGACGUAUAAAACUAGUGAAUACCAUCGUCAGUCUACGCGCCAGCAACGGGAUUUCAGGGAAUCCUGCAGCAGUUUCUCGUCAGCUGGGAGUCCAGGUUAUCACUGCAUUUCUUCGUUUUCUCGCCCGAAUGGAUCGAGAACGCGACGGACGCUCGACUAUCGCCAGAAAUUUUUACUGGGCAGACAAUGACUUCGACCGAAAAAGGUUUUGCGACGACGGCUAUCCAUGCCGGACAAGAUCCUGAACAAUGGAGUCAUGGCUCGAUUGUACCCCCUUUAGUCAUGUCUACCACUUUCCAACGAGACUCACCAGACCAGGAGACAGGCUACGUGUAUGGCAGAAGCGGAAAUCCUACGCGCAACGUAUUGGAAACAUGUCUGGCUGCUCUCGAAAACGGCAAACAUGGAAUCUGCUAUUCUUCUGGGUUAGGUGCUCUAACUGCCAUCACAUCUUUGAUGGAAGCGGGAGAUCAUAUUGUCGCUGGAGAUGAUCUGUACGGUGGGACCAAUCGUUACAUCCAGAAGUGUUUGAGCAAGCAAGGCAUCAAAUAUACCUUUGUUGACAUGACUGAUGUGCAAAACGUUAUAGAUGCUAUACAGCCGAACACAAAGAUGGUGUGGUUGGAAACACCGACAAAUCCAUUAAUGAAACUCAUAGACAUCAAAGCUGUCGCUGAUAACUUAAAAUCACGUCCAGACAUUGUACUAGUCGUCGAUAAUACAUUCUUAACGUGCUACUUUCAAAAGCCUUUGGACCUUAAUGCCGACAUAGUAACUUAUUCUUUAACGAAGUAUAUGAAUGGCCAUUCGGAUGUCAUCAUGGGUGCCGCGAUUACACGACGGGACGAUCUCGCGCAGAGAUUACGAUUUUUACAAAAUGCCAUGGGUAUUGUCCCAUCACCGUUUGACUGUGCCAUGGUCAACCGUGGAUUGAAAACGCUCGAACUUAGGAUGCAACAACACAUGAAGAACGGUUUAGCCAUAGCUAAGUUUCUUGAAUCUCACCCUUACGUCGAGCAAGUGAUUCAUCCGUAUCUCCCGUCCCACAAGCAAUAUAAGUUAGCGCUUAAGCAAUCGUCAGGGCACAGUGGAAUUCUCUCUUUUUAUCUGAAAGGCGAUUCUACGCGUUUUUUGAAAGCAUUGAAAGUCUUCACUUUAGCUGAAUCCUUGGGCGGUUAUGAAUCACUAGCCGAAGUGCCAUCCAUAAUGACGCAUGCAUCCGUACCGGAAGAUAUGCGUUUAAAAUUAGGGAUAACAGAUCAAUUGAUACGACUAUCUGUUGGUCUUGAAACAGAACAGGAUCUCAUAGCCGAUAUUAAAAAUGCGCUGGAAGCUUGUCAAUGAAUUAAGAUGUAACUUGACAGUCAUGAAAAUAACACUCGGGUAUUUACGCAGGUACUCUACUAUUUGUACUAAUUACAUAUUACAAUAUAAAUAAUAUCAGACUACCACACUGCCACGUUCUAUAAGACACUGCUUGCAACAUAUUAGUAGGUAUAUAAAUUUUAUUUUUAUAAAACUCUUUUAUACAUUCCACAGUUCUCACAUUUACAUUAGGAACACUUGUAUAAUACAAUAAUCAGAUACUUUUUGACACAUGUGAUCACUCAUCCCAUUUUUUAUCAUACCUGUCAGGCAUUUCUCAUUGUGCAAAUUCUCAACUUGUAUUCUCAACUUCAGAAACAAUAUAAAUUACACUUUACAGUUAUAAUGUUUUAUAUUACAAACUGUGAAAAGACUAAUCAUUCUUAACAGGUCACAAAAAUUUCCUAGGGCAAUCACUAAAUUCAACAAACAAAUAAUUUCCGUUGAUUGCACACUUCGUCUUAAGCCUAUAAAUGUUACUGUCUUGGAUUUCACUGAACAGAAUAUUGUUGUAUAAAAACUGGAUACCAUUUGUACUACCAAUACGCAAUAUAUUUGGUGCAGUGUGA